AUGUCGCUUUUCGAGACUGUCAAAGGUCUGACCAACACCUACCAUGCCUAUGUGUUCGGCACGGCAUUCUGGUACUUCUUGCGCGGCCUAAUGAGAAUUAUCGCCCCAGUCACCGUAGCUGGCUGGUUCCGCCCUCCUGCCCAAUGGACGAUGGAGAAGCUUGUGUCUGCUCCUAAUGACCUCGAGCUCUACAACAUCCGCACAGAUGCCUGGGGCCUGUGGGCCAUCGCCAUGUUGCUACUCGCCAUGGCUGACGCAGUGCCCUUGCCUGCAUCACUAGUUGGAUCCUCAUUGGCAGAUCCUGCUCCGAGCCAGUACAAGAAGCCUUAUGCUCGAGCUGCGAUCUUGAUCACGAUCUUCCAUCAUAUCACCACCGGCAUUGGCGCUUACUCGCACUGGAGACUGCAGACGCAUCAUACUGUAGCUAUGGACAUCGGUGUUUAUGGCAAUGUUGCGCUGACGGCUCUUGGUGUGUUGGCGCUUGUGUACGGCUUGAAUGAUAAGACUGUUGGAAAAAAGAGGGCUUGA